CGUCCCUGAGGCUAGAGUCCAGGGGGACCGGUGGAAGGGUCUCACCCUUUGCCCUCUGACUCCUCUUGUAAGCACCCUCGCUGGGCUCCUAAGCACUCCUUCACACCCUGGCUCUGUCACCAGCCCCAUAGUGAUGUCAUAAACUCCCAGAUGCCCAGUGUGCACCCGGCCACAGAGAAGUGGGUGACUUAGGAGUAUCCUCUCCGCUUCUGACCCUUAGUUUCGUCUGUGCACAACUCGCUCAAAAUGGGCAACUCACUAAGCGUAUUUUGUUCCUGGUUCCGCCGCAGGUCCUGGCCACGCCAUCGGCAACCUGCUCGUCUUGUCCGUGAGGCCUUCCCAGCUGGCCGGGCUCACCCCGCGGCUCCUGCACCUGUGCCUGCCCCGGGAAUCUGGGGCCGUUUCCCACUCCUCUUCAACCAUCAGCGACAUUUUGGGCCUUCUUUUCCAGUCGGGUGGGACGGCGCCCCUAUGAGGCUGUGUCUUAUCCCUCGGAACAUGGGCACCCCACAGAGGGUCCUGCCUCCUGUGGUCUGGAGCCCCCCCUCAAGAAAGAAACCCGUGCUGUCUGCUCGCAACUCCAGGAUGUUUGGACACCUCAGCCCCGUGAGGAUCCCUCGUCUCAGAGGCAAGUUUAACCUCCGACUUCCUUCAUUAGAUGAGCAGGUGAUCCCAGCCAGGCUCCCGAAGAUGGAGGUGAGGGCAGAAGAGCCCAAAGAAAUAACGGAGGUGAAAGACCAGGUAGAGACCCAGGGGCAGGAGGACAAUAAAAGGGAACCCUGUAGCAAUGGGGAAGCAGCUUCCACCUCUAGGCCCCUGGAGACUCAGGGAAACCUCACUUCCUCCUGGUACAAUCCCAGGCCCUUGGAGGGAAAUGUCCACCUCAAGAGCUUGACAGAAAACAACCAGACUGACAAGGCCCAGGUGCAUGCAGUGAGUUUCUACUCCAAGGGCCAUGGAGUCUCCAGUUCACACAGCCCUGCUGGAGGCAUCCUUCCCUUUGGGAAGCCUGACCCACUUCCAACAGUGCUCCCUACCCCAGUUCCGGGCUGCUCCCUGUGGCCAGAGAAGGCGGCCUUGAAGGUGCUGGGUAAAGACCACCUGCCCAGCUCUCCAGGCUUGCUGAUGGUUGGGGAGGACAUGCAGCCCAAGGAUCCUGCAGCUCUUGGAUCAAGUAGGUCUUCUCCACCCAGAGCUACUGGCCACAGGUCCCGCAAAAGAAAACUGUCGGGGCCACCGCUGCAGCUGCAACCGACCCCUCCCCUGCAACUGAGGUGGGAUAGAGACGAGGGGCCCCCACCGGCUAAGCUUCCAUGUCUAUCUCCUGAGGCACUGUUGGUGGGUCAGGCUUCCCAAAGAGAAGGACGCCUCCAGCAGGGCAACAUGCGUAAGAACAUGAGGGUGUUAAGUAGAACGUCAAAAUUCAAGAGACUAAGAGAGCUGCUUAGGAGGAGAAAGAAGAGACGGCAGGGCAGGCGUGGUGGCCCACGCCUGUAAUCCAGCACUUUGGGAGGCCCAGGCGGGCGGAUCAGGAGCUCAAGAGAUUGAGACCUGAGGAGCAUCUCUGCCUGCACCAUCUGGGAAGUGAGGAGCGCCUCUGCCCAGCUGCUCCACCGUCUGGGAAGUGAGGAGCGCCUCUGCCCAGCCGCCCCACCGUCUGGGAAGUGAGGAGCGCCUCUGCCCGGCUGCUCCACCAUCUGGGAAGUGAGGAGCGCCUCUGCCUGGCCACCGCACUGUCUGGGCAGUGAGGAGCGCCUCUGCCAGGCCCCCGCCCUCUCUGGGAAGUGACGAGCGCCUCUGCCCAGCCGCCUCACAGUCUGGGAAGUGAGGAGCGCCUCUGCCCGGGCCCUGCCCCGUCUGGGCAGUGAGGAGUGCCUCUGCCAGGCCGCCGCCCUGUCUGGGAAGUGAGGAGCGCCUCUGCCUGGCUGCCGUCCUGUCUGCGAAGCAAGGAGUGCCUCUGCCCGGCCUCCUCACCGUCUGGGAAAUGAGGAGCGCCUCUGCCUGGCCACCAUCCCAUCUGGGAAGUGAGGAGCACUUCUGCCUGGCCACUGCCCUGUCUGGGAAGUGAGAAGCACCUCUGCCCAGCUGCCCACCAUCUGGGAAUUGAGAAGGAGCUCCGCCUCUGCCUGGCCUCCACCCCAUCUGGGAAGUGACGAGCACCUCUGCCUGGCUGCCUCACGGUAUGGGAAAGUGAGGAGCGCCUCUGCCCAGCCGCCGCCCUGUCUGGGAAGUAAGGAGCGCCUCUGCCUUGCCGCCGUCCUGUCUGCGAAGUGAGGAGUGCCUCUGCCUGGCCUCCUCACAUCUGGGAAAUGAGGAGCGCCUCUGCCUUGCCGCCAUCCUGUCUGUGAAGUGAGGAGUGCCUCUGCCCGGCCUCCUCACCAUCUGGGAAUGAGGAGCGCCUCUGCCUGGCCACCGUCCCAUCUGGGAAGUGAGGAGCGCUCCUGCCCAGCUGCCACCCUGUCUGGAAAGUGAGGAGCACCUCUGCCCGGUCCCCUCACCGUUUGUAAGGGAGGAGCGCCUCUGCCCAGCCCCUGCACCAUCUGGGAAGUGAGGAGCGCCUCUGCCCGGCCCCCUCACCAUCUGGGAAGGGAGGAGCAUCUCUGCCUGCUGCUGUGCAACCUUCCAAGUGUGAAGUGACAGCCUUGUGUGUGAUCUUUCUGCCCUCCCCAAGUUUGCAUUUUCGACAUUAAAGUUUACUUUUUAAUUAAGAAAAAGGAGAUCGAGAUCAUUUUGGCCAACAUGGUGAAACUCCGUCUCUUCUGAAAAUACAAAAAUUAGGCGGGCAUGGUGGCUUGUGCCUGUAGUCCCAGCUACUCGGGAGGCUGAGGCAGGAGAAUGGCUUGAACCCGGGAGGUGGAGGUUGCAGUGA